ACCAUGGCAGCACCAUGGCAGCCGCGGAGCUUGAAAGUUGUUGUCGUAACAGAGACCUUGUUUUUGAUGUUCAACGAACAGUGCGCGUCUAUAAACUUGUGCUGCUGGAUACGACGUCUGUGCUUGGAGAGCUGGGUUGGAAGACAUAUCCUAUCAAUGGGUGGGACGCUAUCACAGAGAUGGACGAGCACAAUCGGCCCAUUCACACCUUUCAGGUGUGCAACGUGAUGGAGCCCAACCAGAACAACUGGCUUCGAUCCAACUGGAUUUCUCGCCAGGCUGCCCAAAAAAUCUAUGUGGAGCUUCGUUUCACCUUGCGCGACUGCAACUCUAUCCCUUGGGUGUCUGGCACCUGUAAGGAGACGUUUAACCUCUUCUAUCAUGAGACUGAUGAAGCCCACAGCGUAAAAUUCAAGCCCAAUCAGUACACUAAGAUCGACACAAUCGCUGCUGACGAGAGCUUCACUCAGAUGGAUCUUGGAGAUCGCAUUCUGAAGCUCAACACUGAGGUGCGAGAGGUGGGACCGAUGACCAAGAAUGGCUUCUAUCUCGCAUUCCAGGACAUCGGUGCCUGCAUUGCCUUGGUCUCAGUGAGGGUUUACUACAAGAAAUGCCCGUUCACGCUGAGAAACCUGGCCUCGUUCCCAGACACGGUACCUCGUGUGGACUCGUCUUCACUGGUGGAGGUGAGGGGCGCGUGUAUUGACCAUGCUGAAGAACGUGACACACCCAAGCUCUUUUGUGGAGCUGAUGGUGACUGGUUAGUCCCACUGGGAAGAUGUGUCUGCAGUGUUGGCUAUGAAGAGGUCGACGGCUCCUGCAUUGCAUGCCAGCCAAGCUUCUACAAGGCUUUUGCCGGAAACAUCAAGUGUUCAAAGUGCCCACCAAACAGUUUCAGCUAUGGCGAAGGUGCUGCAAGCUGCCGCUGUGAAUUGGGUUUUUUCAGGGCUGGUAAAGAUCCUCCAACUAUGGCUUGCACUCGCCCUCCCUCCCCUCCUCGUAACCUACUUUUCAACCUGAAUGACACAUGUCUGAUGCUGGAGUGGUCGCCGCCCAGUGACACGGGGGGCCGCCGUGACCUCACCUACAACGUCCAGUGCAAACGCUGUGGUCCGGAGCCAGACCGGUGCCAGCUGUGUGAGGAAGAGCUGCGUUUCCUGCCACGACCGUUAGGCCUGACCAGCGCCUCGGUCACCGUCAUGGACUUCUCAGCACAUGCUAAUUAUACCUUUGAGAUUGAAUCACUCAAUGGGGUGUCAGACAUGAGCUCAUUUCCUCGCCAGGUCGCUCUCAUCACCGUCAGCACAGACCAGGGUGGGUCGCGGGGGCAUGCUGGAGCCUAUCCCAGCUGACUUCAGGCGACAGGCGGGGUACACCCUGGACGGGUCGCCAGCCAAUCGCAGGGCACAUAUAGACAAACAACCAUUCACACUCACAUUCAUACCUAUGGACAAUUUAGAGUUGCCAAUUAACCUAAAAUGCAUGUUUUUGGAUGUGGGAGGAAACCGGAGUACCCGGAGAAAACCCACACACGCAAGCACAGGGUGAACAUGCAAACUCCACACAGAAAUGCCCAAGGGAGAAUCGAACCCAGGUCUUUCCGAUCUCCAGACUGUUACUAUGUUGGCCAACAUGCUAACCACUAGACCACCGUGCGGCCGUCUUUUAAAGUUUUCUUGUUAAAUUAGAAUGUGCCGCGGGCCAAAAACAAAAAGCAACUGUGGACCGCACAUGGCUCCCUGGCCACAUUUUUGACACCUCUGUUAUAUACCAUAAAAAGAUGUACCGUAUGUCUGCAAUUGCACCUUUCUCGCACCCAGAAUCUUAUUUGACCAUCUCUGUGGUGUCACGGUAGCACUUUAUUAUAGCGAGCAGAUGGCCCAGAGUGCAACCUGAAUGACCUCCAGUGUUAACGAAGGGUAAUGAUUAGUGUCCCUGGAGCACAAGCACGGUUUUGAGGUUUGUUAGACGGACAUUGUCAAUAUGGCUGUCGUAAACAAUAAUACCAACAUCGUGAUGUGCAUUUCUCCUCCCUCGUUCUUUCUAUCAACAGUGAAUCAGCAAAGCGUUCGGACAUCGUUUAAGCUCUUGCACUGCAUCAAUACCCACUGUAUUGAUUUUUUUUUUAAACAGUUAAUGGAAGCCUGUGGGGCAGGAAAGCUAAUUAAAAUCAUAUGCAGGUCAAGCUCAUUUAAAGACUCCCCAUUAGUUUAUGUUGAGCUUAACCACGCUUGACUGCAAAAUCUAUCCAUUGGGCAUUGUAAUUGACUGGUGUUUCUAAUGGCUUUCCAAUGCUCCUGUCUCUCGGAGAGAGAGUGAUGUCCUCUGGCAGGUUACAUGCUGCAGCUCUAAUAAUACACAAUCAUUAGAGACAGCUGCCGUGCGUCCCGUGUCGUCAAAGUAAAUCUUUCAGAUGUCUGCAUUUGGAAAUAAACACGUACUGCACCAUCAGCUGCUUAUAGAGGAAAAGGUUUCAGUGUUUGGUGGGAUCAUCUGCUUUUUUGAAAGGCUAAUUUGGUUUCCAUUGUCACGAAGCUACAGACAUACGACGUUUUUUCAAAUACCGUAUCGUAUUUUUACUGCGAUAGAAACAUAAACAAUAUUGCCACCACUAUGUCUAGUCGGAGUGGUACCUCCGUUUUAGUAGGAUUUGGAUAUGUCUUUGUUUUUUUUGUCUCGGUUUCCGUACAGCCAAACAUCCUACUCAUUGGUGACUCAGUCUUGUUGUGGUAUUAAUACACUGCGUGGGUCCAUCUGUGUUCAUUCAUAACUGUUAGCAUUCUCUCAAGUCCCACCUGGAAGUCAUUGCCCCCCCAUCUAUGUCGCUCCUCCAUGAUGUCAUCACUGGUUGACACUGUACUUCUUGCUGCUCUUCCUGUCCUGUCCUGCAAACAGCCAGUUAACUCCUGGUUUAAGUCUAAUCUGAAACGCAACACAAGUCAACAUAACUCAGCAACACCAAUCAAAACCUGGUGCACGGAGGAAGACGGAAAAUGACGGGAUUGGAACAUUUUGGGUUCACGAGUGGGGAGAAAGCUUUCAGCAUCUGUGAAAUGGUAACAAUAGAUUGCUGGAACAAAACUGACAAAAGUGUGGAGUUCCGUAUUUCUGUUUACUUUUGUCUGCCCUUAAGUUAUGUAGCAAGCUGGUUUCAGGUUCAUAGCCUGGUCAUACUAGAGGUACAACAAGCCACAAUGCGUUGGAAUGAAAAUUUGUGGUUUAUUCCAGAUAUUCGAAGUGCAUUCUAAAAAUUCUGAGUGCAUUCCAAAUAUUAGUGCCCAUUCUUGUGGCCAACCCGAAUGCUUUGAGAAUGCUAAAAACUCUCUGGAAAAAUAUCAAACGGCAUUCGAAAGGUAUUCUAACUGCACUCUGACUGCAUUCUAAAUAUUCUAACGGUAUUCCAACAGCAUUCCAAACAUUGUAAUCACACUCAAAAAAAAAAAAAACGCAGCCAGCUGCCUCUGAAACGUCCCUAUGAAGUAUUGCCUUAUUCAUAUACUGUAGCUUCAUACGCCAAAGAAAAAAGGAAUUAAGGAAAAUCCACCAGCGGCCGCCGGUGUGGACAGUGCAGAGGUGCUGAAACACAAGAGGCCCGCUGAAACGUCACUCACCAUCGAUGUGCCGCCAAUUCACAUCACGUCAUGCCGCCAAGGAAAAAAGGAGGCAAGCUUCGGAAUUUGAAAUUAAGAAAAAUGUGCUCCAAACUAACCGCAUUGCUUGUUUGUUUUAAAAGGAAAAUGUCACUGUGGUUAAAAAGUCACAUUUGGAGUCAGAGAACAAGAAGCUACGAGGAUAAUUCUAGCUAGCUAGUUAGCUGCGGACAGCUAGGCAAAGCGUUAUAGAAAGAUGCAAGAGAAGUCAAACGGCAAUAGUUUUGACAAGGGAGUGAUCAAACGCACUGGCAUCGAUUGGCGUAGCAUGCGUCAAGUUGUCAAACUGAAACCAUUGGAGGUUUUACAGACUAGUGUUGAUUCUUGCUGCGAUACGGGACAAAAUCAGUUCCUUUUCGGCUCAAUAAGGGUGUUGUCAACCCUACGUGACACAGCACACAUGUACAUUCAUGUCGCCGCCGCACACACGACGAUCGUUUGUUGUGAUCGGCUUUGAAAGUGCGUUUAUUGACAUAUGCCGAUCACGUGUUUUUUACGGAAAAUGGCCGAUACUAAUCGGUCCCUAAUUGACAAAGCUGUUGUUGGGGGCCCGUCCUAGGUGUAUUAGGUGUUGAGCAUAGACUGUGAUUAUAAGUAGUGUACAUACUGUAUCAUUUACAGCAACGUUGGUUCGUAGAGUUUUGUCAUGAUGAUUGUUCUUACUUCAUAAGCAAAGCUACAGGGAUUUGUGGUAUUACUAUAUUUUGGCUGCCACAGAGUGCCUAUUCCAGAGUUCACAGUAAGGUGAACUUCACUAAUAAUUCACCGGCCAAGUUAUUGGCACCAAUUAAGAGAGCUGAGUUUCAGAUGUAGAGCAUUUAGCGGCAUCUAAACAAUCAAUGAGGCCUAAGUUAGUUCAGUAAGAGUAGAUUUGGCUGAGAAGUAUGUCUGGUUGCAAGUGUGCAUUUUGCACUUGCAGGCUAAUUUGAAUCUGUGGGUCUCGAGGAAAAUUGAGUUUGUGUUUAUUGCUCUCUGUCAGGACCAAUACCCCAGCCCUGGAUGCCAAACAUCGCCGCCUUUAAUUCCCAAAGUGCAGCUUUGACUACGUUAUCCACCAGACAGAUUGUGAUCAGAUAAAACCUUCCUUUGAUGAAUUAAUGCUAAUGCAAUAUGAGGAUUUACGUUGACUCGAGUUUGCUGACUAUUUAAGACAGACCCCCAUUACAUCAUCAGGUCAAAUAGCAAUACUCAGUUCUGCCAUUUUCUGUAAGUGGAACAAGGUGAACAAACCAAACCUGCCCCAUUCUCAUUGUCUCAGUUCAUAAGACUAUCCUAGCAAACCUCUCUAUGAGAAAUGUUGUGUAUGUCCCAUCUUUUAUGUGUUUUGCUCCGUCAUUCUCUUCUUUGCACAAGUUGUUUAUGUUUGUUACCUGUUCCGAGCACAAAUGCAAUUCUCCACGAACCAGAGAGUAGUCUGAAGGACAGACAAACAAACAUGAAACUCAUUUGAAAAAAGCUGCAAUUCUGUCGCCGUCUGUGAACCAUGAAGUGGUCUGCUAAUAUAUGGCAGGGCAAACAUAAAUACAGUGCUGCGUAGUCAGGCGCAGUUCUGCUCUUUCCUCGGUGCCAUUCUUGUGCUUACUUUUUUGACUGGCGGCUUCAGAGAGCCCUUGAACAAGCCAUUAAGAUAUGCAUUUGAAGGCAUGUGCGAAGGCAUUAGAAAAUAAAGCAGUCUGAUAAGAACAGAAUCAAGACAAAAAGGCUGGUGAUGGAGAAAAAGACUGUACAAAGUGGAUGAAAGGAACAAAGGUGGUCAUUUUGAGCUCAGAUCACCAGCAGUGAGUCUCUGGGCACCUGGUUAACAAGCUCAAGGCCCUGCAGCUCUCGUCUGGUCUCACCUUGUUUCAAAAGCCCCAGGCCUCUAGCUCCUAAUCUCAACCUCAAACAUCCAGCAACGAUGCCUCAUUUUCCCUUGAACCCUGAGCUUCCAUGCCAUUAUAACCAGCAAUACUAUGAAAUCCUGCAAGGAAUUUUAGUGCCCAUCUAAAAAUAAAAUAAUCUCACUGUGUCUCCUGUCAUCUUUCACUCGGAAUACCCUUGAGAAAGGUUGGACUACCUUUUAUGUCCAUAUAAUGAGUCAGCUCUGUAACAUGACGGUGUAAUAUAUAAUAAUGAAUCUCAGGGCAGCUACAUCUGCUGACCUCUCUUGGGAGCUGAGCACAAUUAUUUAUCCAGCGAAAAUUCAUUGAGCAAAGCAAAUACAAUUUACUGCAAGAAAAGAAGAUGUAGCUUCCUCCACUUGUUUUCAAUUAUGGCUAAAUGAUCUAGCAGGAAUGCUGCGUGCAGGGUUUUCCCAGUAGAUUGAACGGACUAGAGCUUAUUAUGAUGUGCAGUGAUUGAGAGUGUGCAUGGAUGUGUCACACUGAUUGCUGGCAAAGUGGACAGGUGUUAAUCAAGCAUUAUUAUUAAAUCAUGUCAGUGCACCUACACAGUCAGCCACUUUAUUUCAAGCCAUGCUGAAUGCACCGUAUUUUACCCUACUCACUGUGUACGUGACGUUGGGACGUUGGUCUUUUCUGAUUGAUGAUUUAAUCCUGGGCAUUGGGGAAAAAAGGACACAAAAACCUGACAGCAAUGUCAUGGUUUGGGCUCUGAUAUGAACUGUAAUUGUGUCCUGUAUAAUGAUUUGCAGUGGAAAUCAUUAUUGAUGUGCUGUUUGCAAAAUAUGCACACAAUUUCACUACACAGGUAAUACUGACCAAGUACAGGAACUUUAGUAAUGCAAUAACAGUCGUUACCUUUUGUGUACCACCAUCACGUUCGUUAAUUAGCAUGGGAGGCGCCUUGAACUGUUUUGCUUCUAGCACACACCAGCAGCAAAGCACAAAGCUUUUCCUGAACUUAACAUUGAGCAAUUUAUCUUUUUGCAUGUUUUUAUUAUGUUUUUUUUAUGAUGUGAAUGAACACUGGUUUUGAGUGCACUUCGAAUUUUACAUUUCGACUCGCUUGUCAGGUUUUUGGUCAGCAGGUUCAGAGAGCGUGCCAUCUUGUCAACUUCCUUAUUAUUGCUAAGCAGCAUGACGAAACAUACUGUCGAGUUAAUACCGCAUUCAAAUGUCCACACUUUGGCUUCCUGUUUGGUGCAAAAUCAGCUUCAAUAUAAAAGCCUGGCAGUAUUAAACAUGAAUUCUACCUCUAUUUUAUUGUUUUUUAGAUUGUGAGCCACUGGAAGAAAGAUUUGAGAUGUAAUUUCUCAUAGCAGACACGCAUAGUUGUUGUUUAUCUGAUUUCCCAAACAUCACCCCUUGGUUAAAUACCGCAUAUAUUCAUGCCGUUACUAACACCAGACGGAAAUUGUUUUUACUCUCUUGGGAGAGAUGUAAGUGACAGCCAGUGACAAUGACUGAGGUACUGCAACUCAAAUAGAAAGAACACCUAAUUCUAGUCUAAUUUCCUGUACCAACGUGUGUUUAUACUGUAAAUGCAGUUUUUAUCGUCAUGGAAUGAAUGUGUCUUCAUUUUUCAAAUUGAAUGUUCCGAUUUU